AUGGCACCUUCUCUUGAAGAAAGACCAGAAGCUGUCCAAGAUGUUAUCUCGAAUCCUUUAAAAAACGCUCCCAAACUUGUCGCCCCAGAACCUGAACACUGCCCCGGUCCCGAAUCCGAAGCUGCAGGAAAGGCAAACUCUUGCGCCGGAUGUCCUAACCAAGCCAUAUGCGCCUCUGCGCCGAAAGGUCCUGAUCCGGAUAUCCCAGCUAUCACUGCACGUCUCGCCGGUAUCAAACACAAAAUCUUAAUACUAUCAGGAAAAGGUGGCGUGGGGAAGAGCACAUUUACGAGUUUACUUGGACAUGCAUUCGCGACAAAUGAGGAUAAUACUGUGGGAAUCAUGGAUACCGAUAUCUGCGGACCGAGUAUACCCAAGAUGAUGGGAGUCGAGACGGAACAAAUACAUGUUAGUGGUGCAGGUUGGAGUCCGGUUUGGGUCAUGGAGAAUUUGGGUGUGAUGAGUGUGCAGUUUAUGUUACCGAAUCGAGACGAUGCGGUGAUAUGGAGAGGACCGAAGAAGAAUGGAUUGAUAAAACAAUUUCUGAAAGAUGUGGAAUGGGGAGAGAUGGAUUUCUUAUUGGUAGAUACACCUCCAGGAACGAGUGAUGAGCAUUUAAGUGUGAAUUCGUUUCUGAAAGAGAGUGGGGUAGAUGGAGCCCUGGUAAUCACCACACCACAGGAAGUUUCGCUGUUAGAUGUCAGAAAGGAGAUUGAUUUUUGUCGGAAGGCAGGGAUUAAAGUAUUGGGAAUCGUAGAGAAUAUGUCAGGAUUUGUCUGCCCGAAAUGCACACACGAAAGUCAAAUUUUCCAAGCCACAACAGGAGGUGCGAGGGCUUUGGCUGAGGAAAUGAAUAUCAAAUUCCUAGGAGCGGUACCGUUAGAUCCUCGAAUUGGUAUGGCGUGCGAUUAUGGCGAGAGCUUCUUUGAUGCUUGGCCCGAUAGCCCUGCUUGUACUGCAUUGAAGACGGUUGUUAGGAGACUUGGUGAAGAGAUUGGAUUGGAUCCUAAGAGCAUUUUGCCUGAUGAUUGA